GGGGUGGUGCUACAAGUCCUGCCACUUGCAGUCCUGACGGGCAGGGGCUGGGGACAGUGCAGCGUGGGGCCGGUCCAGCGCCACAGGUUGGAAAAGGAAGGAGCUGUCCCCAUGAUGGUUGCUCUGUAAAGCAGACCCUGCGUUUUGCUGGUGUGGAAGCCCCGGAGUUCAAGGGCUUGGGAAAGGGGAAGGGAGCCUCUGAAACCUGACACCCAGCCGUCUCGCAAAGGAAACUUCGCAGGCUGGCUCAACAAGACCAUCACUAUGACUGAUGGGGACUAUGAUUAUCUGAUCAAACUCCUGGCCCUUGGAGACUCGGGGGUGGGGAAGACGACAUUUCUUUAUCGAUACACAGACAAUAAAUUCAAUCCCAAGUUCAUCACAACAGUAGGGAUAGACUUUCGGGAAAAACGCGUGGUGUACAGUACACAGGGACCAAAUGAAUCGUCAGGGAAAACGUUUAAGGUGCAUCUUCAGCUUUGGGACACUGCAGGACAAGAACGAUUCCGGAGCCUCACCACUGCAUUUUUCAGAGACGCUAUGGGUUUCUUAUUAAUGUUUGACCUCACCAGUCAACAGAGCUUCUUAAAUGUCAGGAACUGGAUGAGCCAACUGCAAGCAAAUGCUUAUUGUGAAAAUCCGGAUAUAGUAUUAAUUGGCAACAAGGCAGACCUGCCAGACCAGAGGGAAGUCAACGAACGGCAAGCCCGGGACCUGGCUGACAAAUACGGUUUACCAUAUUUUGAAACAAGCGCAGCAACUGGCCAGAAUGUGGAGAAAGCUGUGGAAACCCUUCUGGACUUAAUAAUGAAGCGAAUGGAACAGUGUGUAGAGAAGACACAAGUCCCCAACACUGUCAAUGGUGGAAACUCUGGAAAGCUCGAUGGGGAAAAACCAGCAGAGAAGAAAUGUGCCUGCUAGACUCUACAUAGUAACUCAUCAUCAAGAACCCCACUCAAAUAUUACUUCCAAAAACAGUGACAAACCACAAAAUUGUUGUUGAGUAGACCAUGCAUAAUGGCAUGUCUUUCUUUUUUUGCCUGAAAAUCCAUUUUAAGAAACCAUAAUAGUCAACAGUGUUCAAAAAGAAUUGACCAAUUGUUUCUGUGGCCCCUUCAAAUAAGAUCAAAGAUUUUCUAAAGUGAUCUCACCAUUAUGGAUGCCCAAUUUGUUUUUCUUACAAAGAAGAUGAGUAUGUGAAACAGUAUACAAGAUGAAAUCAGUUUUAACUUUUAAGUCAGAACAAAAACUAUCGUAUCAUUUUGGAGAAAGGGAUCAGCUACCAAAGGGAGAACACAGACACAUGAUUUUUUAAAAAAAGAUUAGAUUUACUUCUUAUGUAGAAUCUGAUUCAUACUUUGAGGUUUGCAUUGGGGAAACAUAUUAGCUAAAAAUGGAUACACAAUAAAGAAUUCUUAAUGGAUCACUAAGAAUGGUAUGACUGUGUACACCCAAUGAGCUGUAGUAGGACUAAAUUAGUGAUGAGGUU